UCCUCAGGAAAUCCAAACUAACUGAAUUAUCCUCUCUGGUUUUAUUAAAAGAUCUAAGAAAUGGGUGAGAUUGGUGAGAGCAUUCAGAAUCAUGUGGUUUCAGAAGGACUCUGUUUGAAAGGAAAUGAUCCUUUGAAUUGGGGUUUUGUGGCAGAUGGGCUUAAGGGUAGUCAUUGGGAGGAGGUGAAAAAAAUGGUUGAUGAAUAUAGGAAGCCUGUUGUUAAGAUCGGCGGCAAGACACUUACUAUAUCUCAGGUCGCCGCUGUUGCGGCGUCUUCUGACGCCGGUGACUUGAAAGUUGAGCUGGCUGAGGAGGCCAGGGCUGGUGUGAAGGCUAGUAGCGACUGGGUGAUGGAUAGUAUGAAUAAGGGUACUGAUAGUUAUGGUGUCACUACUGGGUUUGGAGCUACUUCUCACCGGAGAACUAAAAAUGGUGGUGCUCUUCAAAAGGAACUUAUUAGGUUUUUGAAUGCUGGAGUAUUUGGUAAUGGAACAGAAUCAACCCACACGUUGCCGAGCUCGGCCACAAAGGCGGCAAUGGUAGUCAGAAUCAACACCCUCCUCCAAGGCUAUUCCGGCAUCAGAUUUGAAAUCCUUGAAACCAUAACUAAAUUCCUCAACACCAACGUGACCCCAUGUCUCCCCCUCCGUGGAACCAUCACUGCCUCCGGUGAUCUGGUCCCACUUUCCUACAUCGCCGGUCUCCUCACCGGCCGUCCCAACUCAAAAGCUGUCGGACCUGACGGUCAGACCCUGAACGCAGAACAAGCCUUUGAACUUGCCGGGGUCCAGGGAGGGUUCUUUGAGCUCCAGCCGAAGGAAGGCCUGGCACUUGUUAAUGGAACCGCGGUUGGAUCAGGGUUGGCUUCAAUUGUCCUUUUUGAGACCAAUAUAUUAGCACUUCUAGCCGAAGUCCUGUCAGCUGUUUUCGCUGAAGUGAUGCAGGGGAAACCAGAGUUUACCGAUCAUUUGACUCAUAAACUGAAACACCACCCGGGUCAGAUUGAAGCCGCGGCUAUUAUGGAACAUAUUCUUGAGGGAAGUGAGUACGUUAAGGCGGCGAAACAACUCCAUGAUACCGACCCAUUGCAGAAGCCUAAACAGGACAGAUAUGCACUCAGGACAUCCCCUCAAUGGCUCGGACCGCAAAUAGAGGUGAUUCGAAUGUCGACUAAGUCCAUUGAACGGGAGAUCAACUCGGUUAACGACAACCCAUUGAUCGAUGUCUCCAGAAACAAGGCCUUACACGGUGGUAACUUCCAAGGAACCCCAAUUGGUGUCUCCAUGGAUAACACCAGGCUGGCUAUUGCAGCAAUUGGAAAGUUAAUGUUUGCUCAAUUCUCCGAGCUUGUUAAUGAUUUCUACAACAACGGGUUGCCUUCAAACCUCUCCGGUGGACGAAACCCAAGUUUGGAUUACGGGUUUAAAGGAGCCGAGAUCGCCAUGGCGUCAUACUGCUCUGAACUCCAGUUCUUAGGAAACCCUGUCACCAACCAUGUUCAAAGCGCUGAACAACAUAACCAAGAUGUUAAUUCCCUCGGCCUGAUUUCCUCUAGAAAAACUGCAGAAGCUGUUGACAUUCUCCGACUUAUGUCAACCACAUUUCUAGUAGCGUUAUGCCAAGCGAUUGAUUUACGUCACGUGGAAGAGAACGUGAAGAACGCGGUUAAGAACACUGUAAGCCAGGUCGUGAAACGUGUCCUAACUGUGGGUCCAAACGGUGAGCUGCACCCUUCCAGGUUUUGCGAGUUGGAGUUGCUUAGGGUGGUUGAACGUGAAUAUGUAUUCGCGUACGCUGACGAUCCUUGCAGCUCUGUUUACCCGUUGAUGACGAAAUUGAGAGGAGUUCUUGUGGAACACGCUUUGAAAAAUGGAGAUUUGGAGAAGAAUCCUAAUAGCUCAAUCUUUCACAAGAUUGAAGUUUUUGAGGAAGAGUUGAAAGCUGUUUUGCCCAAGGAAGUGGAGAGUGCUAGGGCUGCAAUUGAGAAUGGGGAUGCUGCGAUUCCAAACAAGAUCAAGGAAUGUCGAUCUUAUCCUCUGUACAAGUUUGUGAGGGAAGAGCUGGGGACGGAGCUGCUGACCGGAGAGAAUGUAAGGUCGCCGGGAGAGGAUUUCGAUGUCGUGUUUACUGCAAUGACAAAAGGAGAGAUCAUCGACCCGUUGUUGGAAUGCCUCAAGGGAUGGAAUGGUGCACCAGUUCCUAUCUGUUAAGGGUUAUUUUAUUUUAUUUUUUUGCUGUAAUUUGUCAAGGAUUUCCAUUCCUAAGAACAUCAUCUGUUUUCUAGUAGCCUUUCUGUUUGUUUGUUUGUUGUCUGUCUAAUGAAAUUAUAUAUUGUCUUUGUUGGUUAUGUAGACAUAUGUAAACAAUAAGAGUUGGAAUGAAUGAAAUGUUUCCCAA